AAAUACAGUUUUUGACUAUGUAUGGCAUGUCCUUUUAAAUGUUUUGCAUAAAUACGGUAAUGUGUGUGGAUGAAAGAGGAUUGCGUUAUGUUUUCCGUGACUGCGCCUCUGCUAUCAGGCAAAUAUUGACAGGUAAAAUGCAGAUCUGUGGCGGUGUAUUAAUAUUGUCCCUGACUUUUGUGUAAAUAAGCAAAUGAAAUCUUGAUAACAAACACUAGCUGUUGACACACCGCUGUCUGCGGAGAUGAGGUUUUAGGCUUGAUGUCUCGACACGUUGACGUGGUGAAGCUGGGUAAAUGGACAACCUGUAUUGUUGGCACAUACCGGGAAGAUGCACUGAAUGAACCUGAAUGAACCAGAAUGAAACCGGUCUGAUCAUGUGGCUGCUGUACCACGUUAUGUUGGAAAUGCUUAGGAGAGAAGGGCAACUUUAAAACAGGUGUGAGGAAACAAGACUGUCAGUGCUGCAGGUCAGAGGGAGCUUUAGGUCAUGGGUAUCCCCUGCAAUGUGACAAUGCUAGAGAGCCAGGAGCAGAUUAACUCCACCAUCUACCACCUGGUUAAGAUGGUCAGCAUGUGUGUGAGCUGCAGCUUGAACACCGUGCUCAGUCUUCCUUUACUCUUGGUCAUCACGCGCCCCCCAUCCCUCCUCAGGCACACCCGCUUCCUGCUCCUCACUCAUCUCCUCUUGUGUGACAACCUCCAACAGCUCCUCUGGACAAUCAAAGCAGUUCUAUUAAAAUCCAGUGAAGGUAUACCUGUGACCCAGUGUCUGAUCUUCUGUGCUGCUAUCCAGGCCUGCUCAUUGGUGGACCUCUUACUGAGCACUGCCCUGGCCGUAGACCGAUUUGUAGCUGUCAAGUGGCCCCUGCGCUAUGAAUUCCUGAUGUGUCCUCAAAGGAGGCGAGCAACUGUUGCAGCCAUAUGGACCUUAUCGGUUGUGCUCAACGGUGGUGCUUUAUGCAUUUGCCUCAACACCGUCCAGGUGAAUUUCUCCCUUCCCCGCUGCCGACCUCUCAUCCUCACGCCCUGCCUAUCUGGGACGUCGGCCGUGCUACUUUACUGCACAGUAGGAACCGCAGUGGUCGUGCCUCUCUGCUCUCUGACCAUCCUGGGGUGCUUCUGCCUGCUCUGCUGGGACAUGCAUGCAGGGCUGCUCUGCACCAAGAGAGCUUGUGUGACCCUGACCCUCCAGGGUGCUCAGACCCUUCUCUUUUCAGUUCCCGUGGUCAUGGAUAGCUACUUGAUCCCCGGAUACCUGCACAGUGAUGCUCUUGAUAUAGCGGCAACCAUCACCUACAACCUGGCGGUGUCACUCAUCCCUUUAGUCUAUGGAUACCGCUCGCGAGAGCUGCAGCAAAGGAUACGACAGGCUGCACACAGGAACAAAGUCAUCAGCCAAAGUCAGUCAUAAAGUCUGAUGAGAAUUCAUUUGAGGAACAGUUUCUACCUGUAGUGGCUGAAUGAGAAGAGCAGUAUCUGCCUGUUCAGCACAGGUAACAUUUCCAUAUGUAUUGCACCGUGCUUUGAAUUUACUCGAUUGUUUAAAAAAGUAAGGUUGGACAGCUGAGUCAAUAUUCUGUGGUAACGUAGCAGCAUAUUCCUGCUAUUCAUUUGCAUUUCAAAGGCAAACAAUGUGUGUUUUACAAGCUGCAGUAGAAUAAAUUCAAGCUUUUAUGAUGCAAGUUUGGUUUUUUAACUGUAAUAUAGAUAGGGGAUGCUUAUAAUAAAUAAAAAUAAAAGACAGGACAAACUGCUUCAGGAUAUUUAAUUUGUAUCUUCAACACUAAUAUACUGUAUAUCUACAAUUAAUUCACUAUAUGUCAUACAAAACGUUCAUGAAUACAGAAGAGUAAAUAUACACGACAGAAGGAUAAAUACUCAAUGCUACAAGAAAAAUACAUCAACAAUCAAUCAUAUUUUUAAAGAUGAUGAGACUCAUGGGGAAGGUGUGCAGGUCGGAGAGGUCAGGCAGCUUCCCUGAUUGUGAUGAUCAACCCCCCCCCCCCUUUUUUUUUUUCCUUUUUUUUAAAGAGGCACAGGCACAAAACCACAGGUAGUACUGAGGUGAGACAGCACUCCCAAAAUCAUCAGCAGUUAACCAGCUGCUCACAUUACGAACCUUCAUGGAAAACCAGUACACAAGAGCCCAAAAGAUGAAACACGGGAAUCUGCAGUCGAAAUCAAGCAUCCUACAGAUGGAUGAAACCUAAUGCACACGCUGUGCUAUCAGUCAAAGCAUUGGAAUGUACUGUGUUGAGGCAGGCACUGAGAAUUUCUUGACAACAAAUAACCUACAUAUUAUCAUAAAUAUUAUUAAUGUAUUUUUCAUAAAAGUAUGCAGCAUUUGGCAAAUGUAAUAUAGAUUAUGAUGUAAGUCAACGGAAGAUGGAUCAGUGGUUCAAGUCGUUCAUUGGCGUAAGUGGCGGUUAAACCUUUGUAAGUGAAAGCGUAUGGCGCGACAUAAUAACAAUGAAAGGGAAAUUUUCUGAUUAGAACCAGAUACACGAGCAGCAUUACAUGUUAAAACCACCACUGGUCCUCUCUCGACGCUGUACCGUCGACCCUGACGUCGCCCGCUUCCUUCAGUACAGGCAGGU